GUUAAACACAGUAAUUUCAUUGUACACUUAAUUCAUCUAAGACUUGGUAUACCCCAACAGGUGUUAAUAGUGAUAGUAGUAGUAGAUUGGGGUGUCCCACAUCAUAUGAUUUACAAACAUAGUCAAAAUAAUUGUUCGGGUGGAAUUCAAGUUCGUCAAUCAUCCGACCUAAAUCUUCUAAAAAAUUGCAAGGUAUUUACCGGCACAAUAGCAAUAUCCAACGUUGAUGAUAUUUCAGAUUUGAUAUUCAACAGAUUGGAACAUCUCGAGGGAACACUAGAUAUUAACGACAAUCGACUAUUAAGACAUGUUUCAUUCCCAAAUCUAACCUCAGUCACCCGGAUUGGGAUUGCUAAUCAAACAACGUUGACGAAAAUCGAAUUUCCGUUUUUGAAACAAGCCGACGCAUUAACAUUCCGUCAAUUGGCUGCUGAUGUAACGUUUGACAGUGGAUUGGAGUUUAUUAAUAAUAUUGAAAUUAGUGAUACGAAUAUUCACGAAUUGAAUGGUUUCAAUCCUAAAAAUGUUAUCACCAUUUCAAUUAAUAAUAACCCGUUUUUGAGAGAAUUGAAAUUGGAUAGUUUACUAAAAGUUGAUUCAUUAUACGUGGCUUCCAACCGCAAUGAUGGGUUUUCCUUUGAGGCACAAAAUUUGCAAACUGUUAAAGAUCUAGUAAUUGAAAAUGUUGCAAGUCUUUCAUUACCAUCGCUCGUCUCCUCCAAUUCAAAUAUUGCGUUAUCCAAUAACAAUUUUUCAAAAUUAUCAAUACCAAAACUUGAUUCGAUAUCUGGAACAUUUGCCAUAAAAAGUAAUCCCGAGCUCAAGAAAUUGGAUUUUCCGGAAUUGAAAAAUAUGGGUGGUGCUCUAAUAAUUUCUGAAAACCCAAAAUUAUUAACUAUUGACGGAUUUCCUAAACUCAAACGGAUAAAUGGUGUUAUGGAUGUUACCGGCUCGUUCUCGGAAUUUUUGAUGCCUGAAUUGAAAGAGAUACGUGGUGGAGUAAAUGUUGAAACUAGCGAUAAGCGAUUUGAUUGCGAUAAAAAAAAAAUCAAUUCGUUAAAAGAUUAUGGAAUAGCCAAAGAGUAA